GAAACUACUCACAAGGUUGCUGAAAACUCUUCGACAGCCCACGACUGGUUUCGCCCUUCUUGGGGCUCAUCAGACUCAUUUGCAAAUCAAUUUGGUUUUUACGAGAGACUCAAAUGAAUCUCUGGUUUAUGGUAUUCUACAACUGAAUGUGCUGCACAUGGGCUGCCUCAUAUUUCAGUUGGCAAGGAGGGCGAAACCGGGUGUGGGCUGUGGAAAGGUUUUCAGCAACCUUACGAUAGAGCACUCGAUUAUCGAAAACUUGCAUGAGAUCAAGUCCGAAGUAAACAAACAAACAAUCAGUGAACAGACAAAUGAGUUUUUCUUUUUACCCACUAAGUUCAGUAGGUUUCAUUCUACUGAAUGUUCCACUUCUCUUUCACUUUCUGAGAACCACAGUUUUCAAAUGCUUUUCGCUGUAAAUCUUUGGAUCCUCUGCUCACUUUACUUCAACAGUGAUCACCGCUUAACUGCUUACAGGAGACCAGCACAAGACUGUAAGAAUAGGCAGACGGCGCAACUAACAUCCUUAAUGUCUCCACCAGAGUUGCGAUACAGUUGUCUUUUCUA